GGGCAUUACAAUCACAGAGUGACGAACAAGGCAGAGAGAGAGAGAUUUUAAAGAAAAAUAAAGAAAAAGAAACUGAAAGAUGGGAGGUUGGGCCAUUGCAGUUCAUGGAGGGGCUGGCGUGGAUCCUGAUCUCCCACUGCAUCGUCAAGACGAUGCCAAAAAGUUUCUCACUCGCUGCCUUGAUCUUGGCAUCCACGCUCUUCGUUCAAAUCAUUCUGCCAUUGAUGUUGUCGAACUCGUCGUUAGGGAAUUGGAAAACGAUCCCCUCUUCAACUCUGGCCGUGGAUCUGCCCUCACCGAGGAUGGAACCGUUGAGAUGGAAGCCAGCAUCAUGGAUGGCCCUAAACGGAGAUGCGGAGCGGUGUCCGGACUCGUCACUGUCAAAAACCCCAUCUCCCUCGCCCGUCUUGUCAUGGAUAAAUCUCCCCAUUCCUAUCUCGCCUUCUCUGGCGCUGAGAAAUUCGCUAGGCAACAGGGUGUAGAGCUUGUAUCCAACGACUAUUUCAUCACCGAAGGAAACGUUGAACUGCUUCAACUAGCCAAAGAAGCCAACGGUAUAUGGUUAGAUCGCCGGGUUCCAAUCGAGACAUGUUGCGCGAGCGUGGAGACGCCACCAUUGCAAAUGAACGGCGUCCCAAUCAGCGUGUACACGCCGGAGACAGUGGGAUGCGUGGUGGUGGAUAGCGAAGGAAGGUGUGCCGCCGCAACGUCCACGGGUGGAUUGAUAAACAAAAAGGUCGGACGUAUUGGAGACUCGCCGUUGAUUGGAUUGGGGACGUACGCGUGUGAUGUAUGUGGGGUGUCGUGCACGGGAGAAGGGGAGGCGAUCAUAAGAGGAACAUUGGCUCGGGAAGUGGCGGCGGUGAUGGAAUAUAAAGGGUUGGGACUACAAGAAGCGGUGAAUUAUGUGAUAGAAGAAAGAUUGGAUGAAGGGCAAGCGGGAUUGAUUGCAGUGUCUAGCAAGGGAGAAGUGGCAUGUGGUUUCAACACGACUGGGAUGUUUAGGGGAUUUGCCACGGAGGAUGGGUUUAUGGAAGUUGGGAUUUGGUAAUCUCAAUAGUUAGAUUAAUUAAGAAUGGGAAAUGGGCGGACUAAUAUGGCCUUGGGAUAUUAAUGAAUGUUUUUGUGUAGUGUGGUAUGUGUUCUGUUGUUGGUGAAUCUUUUAUGUUCGACCUUUUUCUCUGAACUUCAGAUGCUAUUUGUGUUAGCACAGCAAAUUAAUAAAGCCCAUAGUCCUAACCUUGUAUUAUUUAACCUUA